AAUUCCUGUGCGUUUCUUCUAACUUAUUAUUUUAAAAAAGUACACAUAAUUGUAGAUCAUAGAUCUCUCCACUACAGGUGGCUGCAUUUGUAAAACAUUACAGAAAAGAUCCUGUCAUGUCAAACCUACAAGACUAAUUAACCUUAAAUUAAGUUUGUUUUCAUCAUCGUAGUUCCAGCCGCCUGCCAAGGAAAUGUGUUCUGCCUGUUUGACACCAGUCUACCCAAUGGAGAAAAUGGUGGCUAAUAAACUCAUUCUGCACUACAACUGUUUCUGCUGUAAACACUGUAAGAAGAAGCUCAGCACACACAACUAUUCUUCUCUUUAUGGCGAAUUCUACUGCAUUUCUCACUACAAUCAGCUUUUUAAAAGAAAAGGAAAUUAUGACGAGGGCUUCGGUCACAAGCAACACAAAGACCGCUGGCUUGAUAAAAAUAAAGGGACAGAUGAGCCAGAUGCUAAGCCCACUCCCAAAAUGUCAAAGAACAAGUUAAACAUUUCUAAUGGCUGCAGAGAGGCUUCUGCUGAAGCGUUUGCCACAAAGUCAUCCCUGAGAGCGUCGGGAGAUAAAAGUGUUGCUGAUGUUAAAGGUAAACUAAAAAUGAGCUGGCCACCAGAGAAGAAGAAUUCUCCGCAGCGAACAUAUGAACCAGCUCUGAAAAAUAAAAUCUCUGACAUCAGCAGAGCAGGUGCAGUUAGCAUGAGCUUUUCAGAGCAUUGGAAAAGCGACAGGCUCAGUAACAGAGAAGGAAUGAGAGAUAAGAGGGGGAAGGAACAGUCUACAACAGCAAGCUUUAUCUCAGCUGAGAAGUUUCCCUCAGAGAAAACAAAACCAGUCAGUCCUGUCCAAACGAGAAUUUCUGACACGAAUCAAAAAACAGUUCACACAAAUGUGGCCCCCACCUCAAAAGCAAACCACAGCCCAGUGGCCAACAGGCUGGACACUUCUCCAAAUAAAGCUCGGAAAUCCGUAAGGUUUGCCCCAAAUAUUGAUGUCGCUCGAUACGACCGAUCCUCUCAGCUGAGCUCAGGUACAGAAAAUGAAAUGGUCGCAGAUCAGUCUGAACAAAUAAAUAAAACCAAUGAUGGAACAGACGUGAGGGAAAACACUAUACUCGAUGAUUUGGCAUCUGAAUCCAGCGAAGAAAAUAGAAAGAGUGAGAUGUACCUUGAAAUCCCUGAAUAUAAGCACCGUGAAGAAACAGCCAAUAUGUCAAACCAAGAGCAUGAUGCGAACGUAGGGAACAGUUUCAAAACUCCGCAGAAUGAUAUUGCAACUCUGAACGGGGAUGUGAAGAAGAUUAAUGACUCACUCAUCACCCAAAGUCUUACUGAAGCUUUCACUUCAACUCAAGACAUCAUGACACAAAAAGAGCCUUCUGAGAAACUGGAUGUCAGUCCAGGGAACCCUGUUAGCGAGCAUGAAUCAGAAAAUGCUGACACAGCACAAAGUCCUGCAGGACCCGUGAAUGGAGAGGAAGUCAGUCUUGAAAAAAGUAAAAAUCAGCCUGAAAAGGUUCAUGAAGAAGGUGGUGAUCAGAAGAAGCCUGUUGGGAGAACAAAUUCUCUGAAAGGCUCUGACAAACAGGCUGAAAAGGCCAAAGGCAAACUGGGAUCCUGGUCCAAAGGAAAGAGCCCCUUGUCAAAACUCUUCACAUCGAGUGGAAAUGACAAAACAAACAAAGCAGAACAAAAGGAUGCCAGGAAAGCAGAUGUCAAACCUAGCAGUGGACUCUUAGGAAGGCUACUUCAGUCAUCCGCAGAGAAGGCUGAGGACAUCACAAAAUCAGCUGCUCAGGACAAGCGAAGGGAUGAAACUCAUGUUGAUGACAAAAAAACAGAGAAUGAAAAAGGCUCUGUUACAAAAGAUGCACAAAAAGAAGAAGACCCAUCUAAAGUCCCUCCUCAAGAACAAGCGCUUCAGAGCGACAUCACGGACAAGUUACAGUCCGCCAAGCCUGAUGCACAUAAUAAUGACUGUAGAUCUUCAGAACCUUCCGGCCUGUCCAUGAUAAGUAGUGAGACAGGUGAUGAUUUAACAUCCAUAGCGCAAACGGAUGCAAUUCUAACUGGUGAUCAAGAAUCUCAUUCACAGAGCAGUGAGGCUACAAACCUGCCCGUCUCUGAUCUGGAAAUAGAGUCUAAAGAUCUUGACCCUGCGGCACAAUUACUGAGCACACCGCAUGGGCAAUCAAACAGUGAGUUAAUACCUGAGAAAGGUGAUGAUGCAUUAAAUGACGUUUUUGGAGAUAGUGUCACGUCACCCUUUGCUGACCCACUGGCCACAGAGAUAAAAACAGAUGAAUCUGCCCAACAGCUGAACAAACAUGACCCACCGGUUGAAGGAGAAGGGAGCUUGAGCCGUGGAAUGCUUUUUGAUCUCAUCCACAACAGUGCACAAGAUUCCUCUGAUUUCUUUGGUCUGCCUGACACCCCCAGCACAUUUUCAACUUCUAUGACUGACACAGCUUUGCUUGAACCUGCUUCUACUCAAAGCUCCAGCCUGGUUGACUCUGGACCAAUAUCAUCUGAAAAUGAAGCAAUUAUUGGCAUGUCAGAUCAACUCACCAUCCCUGACUCAACACCUAUAAGCCAAGAUGUUAGUCAACCCUUGGAUCCUUUUGGCAGUGAGAAGCAGACAAGUGAACAGGACUUUGACAUAUUCAGCUCUAAUGAUGAUCUCUUCAAUCAGCCUCCUCCGGUUAAUGUGCUCGAUCAUGGAGGAACUGCUUUCCCUGAUGACAUCUUUGGAAGCAGCAAUGUCUCAAACAGUGCAGAUGUGUUCACAGGUCUACCAAGCGGUCAGGCUGCUCAGAGUUCACUGAAUGAUUUGCUCGGCUCUGAAGCAUCCUCUGUUGUUGCACCUUCAGCUCAGAUGGACCUUUUUGCUGAUGACAUUUUUGGAUCAGAAGCACAACUACUGCCAGUGUCUGAGCCAGCAUUGGGUGCCACCCUUUAA